GGCAACAUCAGCACGUGUUCGGCUCCGUGGUGCCAACAGCAUCUGUAUUCGAUCCAUCCAUCUUUGCUGAUGGUGGUUGAAUGAUACGAAAUAUAUAAGGACGGAAGCAUCGCCAUGCCCUGACGAUAUGAAGAAGAGAGACAUCAAGCGCCGAGAACAACAACACAAGGAACUCCUCCACCACAUUCAUCUACUCCUCAAAGUUUCGCCAGCUUGCCAAAAUUGACAACAACCUCUUUCACAAUGUCCAACUUCUCACUCCGCGGGGCACUCUCGACCUUGGCCCUCGCGGCCGCCGUCACUGCCGGCCCUAUCCAGAUUCAGGAGGCUGCCCCGUCCAAGUCUGGCUACUCGAUCAAGUGGCAAGACAACUUCAGCGGCGCCGCUGGUCAGCUUCCUGACCAGGACAAGUGGUGGCUGGGCUCCAAGGACCACUGGAAUGAGGAGUGGCAAGACUACCAGGCUCGCAACAAGAACGUGCAGCUUAGCGGCGGCAACACGCUGCAGCUCGUCCCGUGGAAGGAGAGCGGCACCAACUGCAAGACCAACGGCGAGGCUCCCUACCCCGUCCGCACUCACCAGUGCUGGAGCUCCGGCCGCGUCGAGUCCAACUACUACUUUACCCCAGCCUCGGGCAAGAAGACCGUCAUCGAGUCCCGCCUGCGCUUCGGUAGCAACUCGGCCGGCAACAACAAGGGCAUUUUCCCAGCCUUCUGGACUCUUGGCCAGGCCUGCAACACGGAAAACCCUGGUCACCCGACCUGCGGCGAGGUCGACAUUAUGGAGCGUGUCAACGGCGAGAACAUGGGCUAUGGCACGCUGUGGUGCCGCGAGGGUGACUGUGGUCAGAGCGACGGCACCAGCCUGCCUAACAACGACUGGCACACCUGGGCCGUCACGUGGGACCGCACUGCUUCGAGCUGGACCGACCAGUCUCUCACCUGGACCAUGGACGGUCGCGAGUACCUCCGUGUUCGCGGCUCCGAUGUCAAGAACCAGGACUCGUGGAACUACAUUGCCGCCAAGCCCCACCGUAUCAUCUUCAAUGUCGCCGUUGGCGGUGUCUGGCCCGGUGACCCCAGCUCGAGCACCCAAGACGGCUACGGUGCCAUGAUGGAGGUCGCCUACGUUGCUCACUUUCAGUCAAACUAAGCCUGCUCAGCAGCACGGGGACAGGCACCACUAUCACACUUAACG